UGCUCACCUGGGGCUGGCUGGGCGGGAACGCUGCCAUGAGCGGAGCCCGGCACCUCGCCCAGGAUGCUCUGCCGUCCCGCAGUGAGCACUCUGCGACGAGUGUCUCUUGUCCCCUGUAGCACGCUGCCAGCUGGUACCUCCCUCCUUUCUGAAGCGUAACUGGGGAGGGGGUGGAAGGCAGAGGAAGUUUGGUGAUCAGUUUUUUUCUGUAGGCUUUGGAGAGGGAUUCCCUUUGCCUCCCAGCGGGAAGGGCUGUAGGACAGGGUACGGUGGCGUAGGGAAGGGGGCACAGCUGGGAGCCGUGCCCUGCCGCCGUGUACCUGGGGUGCUGGAUGCGAGCUCCGCGCAGCUCCGCCGAACGUAGGGGCAGCGGCGCGGCAGAUGCGGAUGCGUGCGUGUGUGUAUGCUUAACCCUUUCUUGGCUCCUCGGAUUUGUACCAUGCUGAAGAUCCUCACCAAAAAGCUCAGGAACCAGAGUUUGAACGAAAUUCAGUCUUUCCAGCUAAAGAUCUCCUAUCCCCCAAGUGAUGAAGACAGUGAUGACUCUGGAGAGAACCAGGAACUUGCUCAGAUCGACAGAGAGAGAAGACGGAAUUGUACCCUGACUCCUCUGGCCACAAACCAGCUCCAGAACCAAGAGAACCAGUGCUGCAAGGUUCGGGCCCUCUUUCAUGCCAGCCUUGACCGCCACAGCUCAGAAGAGGAGCUGGAGCACAUCAACCAAGAGUUUGCCACAGAGAAGCGGAAGUGGUCCCAAGUCAGCCGGCUCACCUGCUGCAGCAACGGCAACACCUCCUCCUCCAGUGAUGAAGAAGUGAAGAGCUUGUGUGCGAUGUCUUUCUGGCCCGUGGCAGAGCAGGGCGAUGGCCUCCAUGCCAGCCCAAGCCCUGUGCUGUUCAGUGCCUCCCCUCCCAAGAGACUCCAGCCCCUGGUACGGAGCCCGGCCUCUGGACGUUUAAUCUUCACAAGUGUUGGGGCGGGCCUGGAGCAAGUCAUGCCUUGUAAGAGACAUCGACAAGGAUAUGGGGAUAAGGUCAGCAGGCCCAGCCUUGACCUGGAAAAAAUGCAGCAGAGCAUCAACGGAGGCCGCCUGCCACCCCACUUUAUGUAUGAUCCCUCCACUUUUGCCUUCCGUUCCCUCAGCACCUUGAAGCCGCUGAGCCCAAUAGCUCCAGUGGAAGAACCGUCAUGUGCCUACUGAAGGAGUUUCUUCGAAAAACCUCAGGAACUAUCAACCAGUGUCCUGCCUGGCAGGGAGAAGGGGAGGUGGUGAUACCCAAGGGGAGGGGUGAGAGAAGAAGGGGCAAUGACACAUCUUUGCAAUGUAGCUGCUCUGGCAGGAGGAAGCAAACGGCUUGGCAGCAGUGCCUGUUCUCAUACCACUGAUGGAUCCAAGCAGUGGCAAAGGGAGUGAGUUUUGUCUUUCAGGGCAAAGCAAACCAGUCAGGUCCACAAACCACAAGAACUGCCACCAAGGCAGUGUCAAACAUGAAGAUGGUGGUAACUGAAGAUACCCAGGAGGUGUUCAGGGAUUAGUGUGACCUGCAUGGCAGCAGGGGUGAGUGAUCAAGCUGUGAAACCAAAUCCAGUCAGUUUCCCAAGGAUACCUGGGUCUACAGUGCUUUGCUGUAGACCUGACACUUCUCCCACUCAAAAGUGAGUUCAGGAUUGUAGAAAGAAGCUAUACAGAGCUGCUUUCAAAACAAGAAGACCCCUGUCUGAGAUUGUUAUAAUUGCAUUCACAUCAAGCUCUCUUAAGUGGAAAACCCUAGGACAGGGAGGUGUGUGGAUAAGUAACUGGCACAUUUAGCUGUGCAUUCCAGAUGAUCUGCGGGCAAUUCAGUGAUACUGUCCAAAAAGAGAUUGGAAUGGGAGAGUGAGACAUCCGUAUGUAGAUCUGGGAUUAGAAUAAAAUUCUAAAAUUGGAAGGUCUGUGUUGAGCCAUCCAGGAAAACGCAACACCCACCUUCAGUCCUCUCAGCAUCAUCAAAGAGAAGACUUGCGGUUGACUGUAUGCUCAUGGAUCUCCUCACUGCUGAGGCAGUGUGUAUUCCGGGUUAUGUAAUACUUCUCCAUAGUUUUGUUCCAUUACAUGAUGGUGGAGGUAACUGGUACCACCAAACUCAAACCAAUUUAAUGUCUACAGCAAGCUUUCCACUCCCCUUUUUUAGGCUAGCUGUUAAAUUCGGAUACACUCUUCUGGUAUCAGUGGAACAAUAUUCUUAGAUGAAGCAAGGAGUAGGAAAAAGCAAUCGAUUUUGUGGCUGUUGGUGGAAGAAAUAGGAGGGGAGUUUGAGUGAAGGUGGGGGACAUUUCUCCAUAGACACUUCUGAAGCUGUUGGAACCAUGCUAGGUGUUUGACUGCGAUCUUUCCUCGAGGCAUGUGUGUGUUUUGUGCCACAAGGCAGGAGUUAAUAGAACAAGCUCUUGCCUCUCCUGCUGAGGCAGAGGAACAAGGCCUUUCCUCUUGCUGCACCUGGUGGAGAGAGUAACCUCUUUGUGUAGGCAUUCCCCACCAUAAGCCUGUAAACGAGUGCAUGGUGAAGCAAGUUGUUUACUGUUUGUCCAGAUCAAGAGGAGCAACUGUGAGUAAUACAAAAUAAUUUUUGUUUUUUUAAAUCUGCCUCAGUGUAGAGUCUUUGAUGCUGUUCUUUGGUUAAGACAAAUGGUCAGUCCCGCUGCCAGUAGGAGGCUACCAGUGAACUGGUGUGGGCCUUUCACUGAGACCUCUUGGGAAAAUCCAAAGCUUGGGGUAGCUUGGGGACCUGAAUCCCCCACCCCACCCUUUUCUCCCUAACUCCUGUCAUUCAGGCAGGCAGAGGAGCUGGAGAAGGUGGUGAGGGGGUGUCUGUCCUGAUGCUGUCCCAUGUUCUUUGGUUCCAGACUGUUACAGCCAGGCCACCCCCUGCACCAGCACCACCUCCAAGAGGUCACUUGUGUUUACUGGUGCGGGAUCUCUGGCAGACUGUCAUGGUUCCCUUCAAGUCCCUAUUUCCAAGAGAGCUCAAUUCCUCUGCUGAUUCCUCUUGCCUCUGUAUAAAUUUUGCUUAUCUUGUUUUGAUGGCACACCUCAGCUUUUUAACUGCUGCCAGAUCAAGCUGACCGGUGCAGGACAGGAAGCAUUGCUCCUUUGGACCUGUGCUCAGGACAUGGGACAGCCAUAGCCUGGUACCCAUCUAAGAGGCAUAUUCCUUGAGCAAAUGCCUGGGGUGGCAGCCCCUGCGUGGCCGUGCAGCCUCAGGCUUUACUCAGCAAGAGCUGCCAAGGUGCCGGGGCCCAGAGGUGUGUCCCUGCCAACCAGCAGGUGGGGCAGGCUGCCUUGCCCCGGAGGGUGGGAGCAGGGAAGAGGGAUGUCCUGCCGAUAUCGUUGCCUUUUACUACUUUUGUAACUUUUCUCUGUCUUUUCUUUUCAAUCAGAAGAAAAAAUAAAAAAAAGAA